AGGGCCCUUUGUGUUGUGGUGGAGCUGAAGAAGCUCACAGAUGAGACAGAGCCUUUUCCAGCUGUGCAAUAAAACAUUUGUGAAUAUCCAGGAAUGAGGAUCUGUCCAGGAACGAGGAUCCUUAGAGAUGGCAUUGACGUGUACCAGGCUUACUUGAAAACCUUUGUAUUAUCUGCAGGAAGGAGAAAAGGAAGGAUUUUCAGAGCCUGAUUUAGCCAAGUGCUUCAGUACAUGCUUAUUUUUAAACCUAAUCCUGCCGUUGUCUGAACUCAUCGUGCUUCAAUCCCACCAAAUCCAUGGACUUGGGUCACUCGAACCCCAAACUGAGCGAACAUGAGCGCGCUUGAUUUGACGUCCAUCCUUGAUUUCCUGGAAACAGCCAACCUGACGGAGAUCAACUGGACGUGCAGCAACGGCGACUGCAUCACGGUGGAUGCGACAACAUGCCCUGGCACGCUCAACAAAAGUGCCCUGCUCUACACCCUGUCCUUCUUCUACAUCUUCAUCUUUGUCAUAGGGCUGGUGGCCAACUCGGUUGUGGUGUGGGUCAACCUCCAAGCCAAAAUGACUGGCUAUGAAACCCACCUCUACAUCUUCAAUUUGGCCAUCGCCGACCUGUGCGUCGUCAUCACCCUCCCCGUGUGGGUCGUCUCCCUCGUCCAGCAUAACCAGUGGCACAUGGGGGAAAUCACGUGCAAGAUAACUCACCUUAUAUUUUCCAUCAACUUGUACAGCAGCAUCUUCUUCCUGGCUUGCAUGAGUGUGGACCGCUACCUGUCUGUGGCCUAUUUCACCAACUCCAGCAAUCGCAAGAAGAAGAUAAUCCGUCGCUGCAUCUGCAUCCUGGUGUGGCUCCUGGCCUUCUCCGCCUCUCUCCCAGACACCUAUUACCUCAAGACGGUCUCUUCCAGCAACGAAACCUACUGCCGUCCCGUCUAUCCGGAGGAGAGCUUCAAAGAGUGGCUGAUUGGCAUGGAGCUCAUCUCUGUCGUGCUGGGCUUUCUUAUCCCCUUCCCCAUCAUCGCUGUCUUUUAUUUCCUCCUUGCCAAGACCAUCUCUGCCUCCAGUGACCAGGAGCGGAAGAGCAACGGGAAGAUCAUCUUCUCCUACGUGGUGGUGUUUCUCGUCUGCUGGCUGCCCUACCACGUGGCCGUCCUGCUCGACAUCUUCUACAGCCUUCAUUUCAUCCCCUUCAGCUGUCACAUGGAGAACUUCCUGUAUGCCACUCUCCACAUCACCCAGUGUUUCUCUCUAGUCCAUUGCUGCGUCAACCCCAUCCUGUACAGCUUCAUCAACCGCAACUACCGAUACGAGCUCAUGAAAGCCUUCAUUUUCAAGUACUCUGCCAAAACAGGGCUCACUAAACUCAUCGACGCUUCCAGGGUGUCGGAAGCAGAGUACUCUGCUCUGGAGCAAAAUGCCAAAUGACUGCAACCCCGUGAAGAAACCUCCCUGACUCUCUGACCUGGUGUUUCCUUGUGUGUUGUGGUUUGUUGUUUAUUUCUUCACUCCCUCCUUUCGAUGUGCUUGUUACGAACGGGGCAUGAAUUCCAGCCUACAAAAGAGAGAGCAAAGUGUAAUUUAAGAGUAGAAUCAGUUGCAAAGUGGAAGUGGUACCAAAAUUAAAACCUUUUCUCCUCCUAGCCCAGUCUGGACUUCUCAACAACGCUAUGCAAAUGGAAAUGACUUCCUAGCAGACAAAGCCAUUGUGUACCACAAAUAACACAUAUUUCCAGGAUGAGCUUUUCCUUCCACGUGUAGAUUCCCUCUUGUCUCCUUGUAUGUGUUUUUAUAUAUAGUGUGUUGUAUUUAAAAGCUUGAGACUUUAUUUUCUGGCUCUUGGUGUACCUUAUACAAUUGUAUUUGAAAGUUAAAUAUAUUUUUAUCAUGUAUUUGAAGUAUAUUGCUGAUGAGUGUAUCCAGAGUGCUGUAGUCUGAGUGUUAGAUUGCCGUUUGGUUUCAAGAGGAUGCUGAUAACCAGAAUGGAAAUGGUCUCUUAGGUGCAUCCUCCCUGGCUGACACACUUUAUCGACCGUAGCUUUAUGUGGUGUCAUACCCACAUGUCUGGAGCAUGAAAUGUAUGUAGUGUAAUAUAGCUGCCAUCAUGUUAAAAUUAACAGUAUUGUCAGUCAUUAACUCCUGUGCCCCUGCUUCACCCGGCUGUGUCCUUCUGCACAGAGUGAAUGAUCUUACUGCUGAGAGUUGUCUCUAUUUG